AUGGAAAGAAAACCAGAAUGGCUACAAAAACAUAUAUUUGGAAACGAGCAUAUUCCAUAUGGACAGGCACUGUUUGAAGAGCUUGAACCGGAAACUCAGGAAAGAGUCAUGCAAACAAUACGCGAAGACUCAAAUACAAACUAUGACAAAAUCUUUCUAGGAUAUAGGUUACCUGAGAUGGGCGACCAGAGCCCAAAGGCAAAAAGGACAUGGGAAAUUUGCAACAUACUAGAUGAACAUAAUGCAAAGAUGCAACAACUUCAAGCAGAGGGCAAUGAAGGAAAAAGAAGAGUUAAAAACUCAGUCAGGAAGAAAGUAAAGCUUGGUCGGAGUGGGUUCUAUUAUGACAUAUAA